AUGGGCGGCCAAGACCCCGGUCAAGAGUGGAAUGAUGCUUACCGUUACCAGCUAGCAACCAUGGCAUAUGCCGCCGGUGUUGCCCACUUUCAUCGCCUUCCUGCUCUACGAUCUGCCUUUAAAUGCCUAAUCGAACAGCUCAUCCAUAAGAUGCUACGUAGAGACGUCUGGAGCUACUGGUACCUGACCAGUCAGAGCGGAAAAUUCGUGGACCCCGACAUAGUUGAGAUGCGCAAGCCAUGGGCUGAUCCGAACAAGGAGGAGAAUAUCAUGUACUCCGGACAUCUCCUCCUCAUGGUUUCAUUGCACGCCAUGCUGUUCGAUGACGACAAGUACGACCAACCUGAGGCACUCACUUUCGAUUGGGAUCCGAUAUUCUGGGGCUUUGGACCAGAGAUGUUCACGUAUGCCAGAAGCUCCCUCCAAGAAGCCAUUCUUACCGAAAUGGAACGGCAUCAAUGGAAGGGUGUCUGCUGUGAGCCGAACAGCAUUUUCAUCGUGUGCAACCAAUUCCCGGUAAGGCAUCAGAGCAACUUUGAGCGCUUGGGAUCCUUUGCUCACGGCUAUCAGAUCAUUGCUAUGCGGUAUAAUGAUGUUCGCGCCGGAACAAACGUAGUCGACAAGGUGCUAAAAAACUACACUGCAGCGUGGGAGGAACAUGGCGGCUUCCUGCAAGGCAAUAAGUUCGUCCAUAGCUGGUACAUGGUGAAGCAAGAACGUAUAGUUCCUGGUAACAUCGGAACCACCGCCUGCUGGAACUCUCGGCUUGUCCGUUCCACGUUCCCAGCCCAAUCCGUAGGGUUCUUCACAAAAGCUGCCAAUGGCAGGAUCAAUCUGAACAGCACUACCGUAGCCAUGAUCAUUCGCAAGCUCGUCAAGACUGAGAACGCAGAUCCACAAGCCUGGAGCACAAAACGAAAAGCCCAAGAAUUAGCCAAACAAACGAAGGCAGUGCCUCCACCACCUUUCGCGGUACCAAUCUUCGGCUACGUUGCGCAAUGGGUCUCAGAAAUCGGCGACCCAUCCCUUACUGAAGGUCUUCUCCGUCACGCAGACAUGUUCCUUACUCCAACAUGGGAUAAAGGCGGGCUUUUUUAUCCUCGCAACGAGACCUCAACUGACGAACACGGAAAUUGGAAACUUGUGGAACCCUAUACAGGUAACGCAGCGAUCGCUUAUGCGCGACUCAAUGUACCAGAUGGUCAGAAGAAAAUGUGGGAGAAGCCAUGGCCAAAGGCGCAUUUCUCAACCUUUCCGUACAUUGAUGGGAUUACUCUUGCUUCUGGUGUGGAUUUCCUGAGGUGUGCUUGGGAUCCGGACAAGCGGGCUUUUAUUGCUACCAUGCGCACUUGGAAUGGUUCGAGAAAGUGCGCCCGCUUUCUCGUCAAGAAUCUGCCGGCUGGGCCGUAUGGCACCUAUCGAGACGGAAGCCUUAUUGAAGAACGAAAUGUGGAUGGCGACUCGAGGGCCUUGGAGGCAAUUAUUGAAGUGGGACCGGAGGAGACGGAUCUUGUGCUACUGAAGUCCAGCACAAUAGGUCAAAGAGAUUUGCAUCAGUUCAAUUGCCGAUCCCUUAUGUGA